AUGCGCAUAUCCAAGACGCUGGAUGAAGCCCAGCCCCAAGGACAAGCUGGAUUCCGUCAGGGGUUCAGCUGCUUGGACCAUAUACAGACCGUGUCGAGGGUCACUGAGGUUUGCCGGAAAUACCGCCCGCUUCUUCUUCUAACUUUCGUCGACUAUGAGAAAGCUUUCGACAGCGUAGAAACGAAUGUAAUACUGUCAGCGCAGGUCGAUCAAGGUGUGGACACCUUUUAUGUGAAGGCAUUAGCCAAUUGCUACCAUCGAUGCACCACUAAGAUACAGCUUUUCCAUUGCUCCUCACCAUACCCAGUGGAAAGGGGGGGCAUACGUGUUGAUGGAAGAUUUCUCUCGAACCUUCGUUUCGCGGACGACAUCGUUCUCUUUUCGAGCAGUACCAAUGAAGCAGAAGCGCUUCUCAACGAAUUGAACGAAGCAGGGAAGAAAAUGGGAUUACGAGUAAACAGAAAGAAGAGACAGUUCAUGAAGAAAGCCUACUGCAAGGAUGGAGGAGUACAAAUUGAAGGCUCUCAAAUCGUGGAAACUUCGUCAUACGUAUACUUUGGACGUUCAACGAUGAACAUGGAAAAUGACUUGAAGGAAGAACUGAAUAGAAGAAUGAGAAUAGCAUGGGCAACAUUCACAGCCGUCAGGGAACUGACGGACCAAGAUCUUCGUGCCCAUCUGUUCCACUCAACAGUUCUUCCAGCGCUUUGUUACGCAGCGGAGACGUGGGCAGACAUCGCUGCCACGUCUAUGAAGCUACUUACUACCCAGAGAGCCCUUGACAGAUGCCUUCUGAAGUUUAACCGGCGCACAUAA